AGGAUCCAAAGGCCUCAAGGGUGACCCUUAGGAUGGUCCUGUUACUGCAACAAAAGGAGCUCUGGGAGACCAAGGACCCAAGGGAGAUAUGGGACCAAAAGGUCCUCCUGGAGAAGUUGGCCCUCCUGGUAUACCUGGAAAUCAAGGUCCCAUUGGUGACAGAGGUGUAAAAGGUGAACCAGGACCUCAAGGAGACGUUGGUUCAAAAGCUGAUGGAGAUGUGUCUUUACUUGAUGGAGAAAAAGGAGACAUGCCGGGGAGCAAGGGACUCAAAGGGGAACCAGGACCUCUUGGUGCUAAUGGAGCCAAGGGGGAUACAGGUGACAAACCAACAGAGAGUGGUGAGAAAGGAAAGCAAGGACCAGUCGGAGACCAGGGUACAGUUGGAAGACAGGGAGUUCCUGGAGAUAAUGGAAAUAUGGGAGCCCCAGGAGAUAAUGGUACCAUUGGUAUCCCGGGUGAGCUUGGGGCCCAAGGUGAACCGGGUGAAAGAGGCCCUCGUGGUGAACAGGGUUCCAAGGGUAACCCUGGAUCUGCAGGUCCUAUUGGUUCAACAGGAGAAAGAGGGGGUGGACUGCCAGGUCGAAUAGGUAAUAAGGGAAUGAAAGGAACGGCAGGUCGGACUGGUGACAGAGGAGGUCCUGGUAAACGAGGAGAUGUGGGACCCCCUGGUUCUCCAGGUGCUUCUGUAUUUGGACCUAAAGGUGAUGUUGGUGAACCAGGGCCAACUGGUCUCCCUGGGGCCCCUGGCACUGCAGGUUUUCCAGGUAUGCGGGGAAAUGCUGGACCACCAGGUGAAGAGGGACCGGUAGGUAGGAACGGUUCACUUGGACCACCAGGAGAGGAUGUACCUGGACCCAAAGGUAUGGAUGGGUCACGAGGACCAAAAGGAUAUUCCGGAGAACAGGGCGAGUUAGGACCCAAAGGACCACCAGCUGAACCACUGUUUUGUCCGGAGGGAGACUGUCCAGAUCCCAGAGUUGGUCUCAAAGGGCCCCCAGGCUCACCAGGAAGUCAAGGAGUAAGGGGCGCCCAAGGAUUACCAGGAGAGAAAGGUGCAAACGAUACGUGUCCUAUUUGUCCUCCAGGGCCCAGAGGUCCUAAGGGGGAAAAAGGAUGGAUCGGGGACGAUGGAACUCCUGGGGAGAAUGGUACAGAUGGAAACAAGGGUGCACAAGGGACGACUGGGGAUCGUGGUCCACAAGGUCCUGAUGGUUCACCUGGACCGAAGGGUCCUAAGGGUUUUCCAGGAGAGCCAGGAAAAACAGGAGAAAAGGGUGAAGCGCCUGUUGGUCCUAGAGAGGAGGUUUACCAGCCCCCAGGUCCGAAAGGUGACGAAGGGAGCCCUGGGUUUGAGGGCUCAACUGGGCCUGCUGGUAAUAAUGGGUCUUCUGGACCGCCUGGUUCAAGUGGAGAAACUGGAUUGCCCGGUGAACCCGGAAUGACGGGUCUUAAUGGUUCUUCAGGUAAAGAUGGUCAACGCGGAGCGCCUGGUAUCAGAGGUACAACUGGUCAGAAAGGUGAGAAAGGGAUCAUGCCAAUGCCGGACAUAGCUAAAAAUGGCUCAAAAGGUGAUCCUGGAGACAAGGGCUCCGAAGGAGACAAAGGAGCCAAAGGAGAAGGCACAAGUUUGGGUGAACUAGCAGCAGGAAUAAGAGGAGGACCAGGAAUGGAUGGAGUUCAGGGACAGAAAGGUGCAAACGGUAGUAAGGGUGUAGAAGGGCCAAAAGGAAUGCGAGGAGAGGAUGCUCAAGGACCCGCUGGACCCCCUGGUGCUCCAGGUCAAGACGGAUCUGCAGGUGGUAGAGGUGAAGAAGGAGCUAAAGGAGACAUAGGAAUGGACGGCCCUGACGGAGCUCCGGGGAAAAAUGGAUCAAGGGGUAUGACAGGCGAACCAGGUGGCAGUCGAGAUGGACCAAAAGGCAAAGACGGCGAAGACGGAAAGAAAGGCGCAAAAGGUGUGCAAUUAACUUUGUGUGGCCAGGAAAAUGCUGACUAUGCCUUCCUCAUGGAUGCAUCCCGUAGUAUUCUCGAGGACGAAUUUCAGUUGCUGAAAGAUUAUGUUAAGGACGUUAUUGACUACCUCAGCAUUGGCCCCGAUCUCACUCAUGUCGGUGUCAUUGAAUACAGCACGGGCGCGAAAAUGGAGCUGCCUUUUAACCAAGCGUAUGAUAAAGAAGAAAUAAAACGCAUCGUAGAUAACGUAACACACACCAAGGGUAUUACACGGAUCGAUCUGGCUCUGAAGGUUGCCUCAAAGGAAUUAUUUGAUGAGACAAUUGGAGGAAUGAGGAAGUCAUCUAGAAAGGUAAUGGUUCUGCUCACAGAUGGCAACCAAACAGGAACUGACAUAGUACCAGACCAAGUACCUCUUGUUGAUGCCAUACAACCCCUCAAGAAUCUUGGUGUCAAGGUGAUUGCUGUUGCAAUCGGAAGUGUUGAUAUCAAUCAACUGCGUAUAUUGGUCACCGACAAUGAUGACAUUUUGAGGACGGAAAGCUUUGCUAAACUUCGAGAACUUGUCAGGACCACUGUCGAAAGGAGCUGCAGAGGUCCAAUAGGGGACCCUGGUUUGAAAGGACCACAGGGUUUUCCCGGCGAAUCAGGAGGAGUGGGCUUGGAAGGUCUCCCUGGGAUGCCAGGAAAGCAGGGACCUAAGGGAGAUCAGGGUCGCACAGGGACACCAGGUCCUGUCGGCGACAGUGGAGAUAAAGGAUCAACUGGAGAUGAAGGACCCCCAGGAUUCGCAACCCCAGGAUCGAAAGGACCAAAAGGGGACCCUGGAGAUCCAGGACCACCGGGAGAUCCCGGUCUUAGUGGAGUAAAUGGUGAACAAGGACAGAAAGGCCUCCAAGGAGAACCUGGAUUUCAGGGAAAUAAGGGUGCUAUCGGACCUGACGGACCGCCUGGACCUCCAGGAGAAGCUGGAGCUGCCGGUGAACCAGGUACAUCUGGAAGCCAAGGGAUUACAGGAUUUAAUGGAAUAGACGGAGAGAUGGGUCCUCCUGGAGACCCUGGAGUAAGUGGUGAUCCUGGCCCCCCUGGAGCUAAGGGCGAACCAGGUCUGUUUGGUGAACCUGGGCUAGACCUACAAGGAGAAAAAGGUCAACCUGGACCUAAAGGAGCUGAUGGAUUGCCAGGUUUAAACGGAUUCCCUGGUGAAAGAGGCGACAAUGGAUCGCCAGGCCGCUCCGGAAAUGCCACACCUGGUGAACAAGGAGGAACUGGUCUUCCUGGAAUCAAAGGACAAAAGGGCGACGCUGGUCCACAGCCAGGAGAAGGCGUGGUCCUUCCGUCUGGUAACCAGGGGGAUGUCGGAGCUGAUGGAAAAAUGGGGAUGCCCGGAUUAAAUGGUGGCCCAGGACAACAGGGAAGACAGGGAGAGAGGGGAGGUAACGGACCUCCUGGCGUAGCAGGGGUUAUCGGCGAUCAGGGUGCCCCGGGCCCCUUGGGAGAAAUCGGAGCACGAGGCAUGCCAGGGAUCCCUGGGGAAUCGGGAGCGCAAGGCGAUCCUGGAGCAGACGGUGCUAAAGGGGUUCAAGGAGACCGAGGGGAAGCUGGAUCUAACGGUCAGAAUGGGGAAAGGGGUGCCAGAGGGCCCAGAGGUCAAGGAGGGAUCGAUGGCAUAAGCGGAGAACCUGGUGACGUUGGACCCCCAGGUGACCCUGGUUCAAGGGGCCUUAAUGGAAGCAAAGGCCUUCCUGGCAUUACUGGCCUUGAUGGACCCCCAGGCCCUCCAGGAGCACCUGGUGAUCAAGGCCCAACCGGUGAACAAGGUGCUCGCGGAGAGAUGGGAGAAAUGGGACCCCCAGGGCCUAAAGGACUCAAGGGUUUGGUAGGACCUCGUGGCCUUAGCGGAAUUGUUGGAGAAAAAGGUGAACAGGGAAGCAAUGGUACCAUUGGUGGCCCGGGCAUAAGAGGCGAUCCAGGCAAUCGUGGGCCGGAAGGUGAACGUGGAGCAAACACUAUUACCCCAGGACCAAAGGGUGAGAAAGGAGUGGCUGGACUGCCGGGGCUCUUUGGUAGGAAAGGAACGCCGGGAAACCAAGGACCUCGAGGCCCUCCUGGAGAUGUUCAAGGCCCGAAAGGCAACCCGGGUCUGCCCGGUCUACCAUCUGAGAAUAAAGGACCACGAGGAGAAGAAGGAGUUCCGGGAAAAAGGGGCGGUCCAGGCUUCCCUGGGGAUCAGGGGUUGCCCGGUCAAGAUGGCCCAACGGGUAACAUAGGAAAAGCAGCAACAGGUGAAGGUUACCAUUUGGUGGUCCACAGUCAAUCUCCUAGAAUACCCGACUGUCCACUGAAUUUGACUCGACUGUGGACGGGCUACAGUUUGUUGUACGUUCAAGGUCACGAUACUUCUCAUGGCCAAGAUCUCGGUGCUUCUGGCUCGUGUAUGAGACGUUUCACUACCAUGCCAUACCUCUUUUGUAACAUAAACGAUCAAUGCUACUACGCCUCUAGAAACGAUUACAGUUAUUGGCUGACCACAGAUAUACAGAUUCCCAUGAUGCCCAUCAGUGCUCCCGCUGUUGAGCCGUUUGUCAGUAAGUGUGCAGUGUGCGAGGCUCCUGGCCCUGUUGUUGCCACUCAUAGUCAAUCCACACAAAAUCCAGACUGCCCUGCCGGUUGGGAAGCCAUUUGGAAUGGAUACAGCUUCUUGAUGCAUACUGGUGCUGGUGGAAGUGGCAGUGGCCAAUCGCUUUCCUCCCCCGGAUCUUGUCUCAGAACUUUCCGUCACAAUCCUUUCUUUGAAUGCCAUGGUCGUGGUACCUGUCACUAUUUCGCUAACAAAUACAGCUUCUGGCUGUCCACCGUUGGACAGAUGUUCGUUGCGCAGACACCGGAGACCCUAAAACCAGGAAAUCUCCUGAGUCGUGUCAGCCGUUGUACGGUGUGUUACCGGGUAGCUAGCAAAAAGAAGAAGCGUCAUCGUGCCUUGUACCCCAAAGUAUUACCGGAACAGAGGAAACUUUCUUCGGCGUCGCUGAAGCUCCAAUCAGCGGCGCAACAGCUGUCGCGGCGGUCGUAGGUAAUUAUGACGACUUUGACUCGGACCUGACUGUAAUCAAUAUAAAACAAAUUGAACUUAUAUUAGCCUUUUUAUUGCUUUGUCACAAAUUCUCUUGGUCAAAAUAAGCUGUUUGUGACAAAAUUGACCGGUUAUGUACUUGUUGAAAGCAGUUUAACCAAGUCUUAAACACUCUCAAUGGAGUACUGCUGGUCUAAUGCAGUGACGGUGCAGAUUGGAAUAGGAAAAAGCUUGCUAAAUGCGAGCAAAACUAUUUUACCGUAUUUCUUUUUAAACCACCACCCAGUAUUAUGGAUUGCUCUUGUUAAAGCACGUUUCAUAGUCAUUACAAGAACCCUGACUCACCAGGGACAUGCAACGAUUGCCCUGAUACAUAAUUGAUAGGAAAGGUAACACAUUUGCUUUGCGGUUGUGUUUGAGGUUGUUAGUUUGCGAAAAGUGAAAGAGCUUUUUUUUCAUUUAAGGCGCCACUAGAAACAGUAGUAUUUGCCUUAUCUACGGUCUAGUGAAAAUAUUUUUUGUUGUUUUGUUUUAUUUGUUUGACCGUUUUUGAAGCUAAUUUACAAAAAUCCAAUUUAAAAAAUGUACAAAAAUUGUUCCAAACCUCGAUCAGGUUGGCGUCCGAAUGUGAGCAUUCCCUUUCCACAAACUUUUAUUAAAAUGAGAUCAAAGAAGCCUAGCCGCUGAGUUACAUUAACUUCUUUUUUCUUUUUAUUUAUGUUUAAUUUUCAUUUGGUAACAUAACAUAAUAUCACGUCCACUUUUGUUAUGUGGCCAAUGUGUUACAAAACUGCAGUGGGGAUUGCCUAUCCGGCAAUUAUUAGUCCCCGUAUAUCAGAAUGAUUUCUUUACUGUAAGGCUUCCGUCGUUUUUUCUCAGUAUUUCGGGACGUGUUUACUAUAUGAAUCCUCGACAUUCCCUCAAAUGAUGGUCGGCUCGGCGAUGGUCCACCGACUCUCCAUCGAUAGUCCACCGACUCUCCAUCGAUAGCCCGACAAUGCCCUGUUCGUCUAAUGUCGGUCUAAUGUAUCCCGAGCUACCGAUGGACUAUCGACAAUGUAUCGACUGAGGCGACUUCUAGUGCAUUUCUUAAGAUCGGCCAGAUUAUCCCAGAAUCCAUAAUCUCUAUACUUUUGAACACAGCCUUGUCUUCCUUGACUUUUUUUUUUUUUUCUUUUUGCUUCGAUGAGUGAUUAGAACUGUAAGCAAACGCAUCGCUGAAAAAUUUGAAACUACGAAUGCGUUGGUUGAAAAAUUUUAGGGGACAAAAAACGCCCGCACGCCAAAGAUGACCAGCGGCAGUAAGAAUGAUGGAAUUAUUUGCCCUGACUUUUUUUAAAGCUGGGAAAUCUUAGGGCAUCAAACAAAAGUAUUUAGUUUGCAAAAAUAUUUUUAUUUUGUCCAACUAUUGGUUAAAAAAAACGAACUCCUUAAACCCUUUUACACCAAAGCAUACGAGCGUAAAAGUCGAAUAACUGUUUCAAAUGUUGCUUACACAACGACAUUGAA